GGGUUCAUCAAGAAAGCAUUGGGUAGUCGCCCUCAUUGAAUGACGGGCUUCUGGUCAAGUUUAUUUGUGGUCAAGUGCAUCACCGCGUGUUGCUACGACAAGAUAUUCGCAGACUUCCCAGCACAUGGAUUCAAGGAAAACAGGCUUGCGUGCAACGUGCAAAGCAAACUCACGAGGACUGCCAAAGUAGACUUCCACGCUGCACACGAUACGACAGCAAAGCUUCGGAAGUGUACAAACAAGGAUACUUUAAUGAGAGCGAUGGAGAAAAGAUUCAAGACAUGUAACGCGCAUGCGGAAUCAAAAGGUAAAGAUUUAUGCUUACAAAGAACGUUCUCGGCCGCUUGUUUGGUGCAUCUGUAAAAGCAAUAAAGGUUCCGAAGGAGUGACAAACACUCGGUACCGUAUUUUGGCUCUCUGAUGUAUGUCCUCCAG